CAGGAAGUGGGAAAUCUAGCAGUCAGAUCUUCUUAGGCGAGCACUAGAUCUAGCAGUCGUUGCAACAAUAUUGCCAAGCCUUUCCAUGAACUCUACAUUAGGCCUAGACUACUGUUGACAAUUGAUCUAACGGGGAGUCUCGUAAGACAGAAGGAUUGAUGCAUACUUAAAUUUCUCGUGUUUAGAUUAAUCUGUUUCAGGUUUUGUAAACGUGGACCAUGCCUUUUUUCGAAGGGUUGAGCAUCGAUGACCCAAAAGUGAUCAUCCUCGAUAUUGGUGCGGCGUACACAAAGUGUGGAUUGGCUGGUGAAACAGGUCCAAGAUGUAUCAUCCCAAGUCAUGUAAAAAAUGCAAGGAGGUCUGAGAUUGUGAAUAUCUGGGAUUACAGCAGUGUGGGAGAAUUGUAUGAGAACCUGAAAGACCUCUUGUAUACUCUGAUAUUCAGGCACUUGCUUGUGACACCCAAGGAUCGCAGAGUGGUGGUUGUAGAAUCUCUUCUAUGUCCUUCCGAGUUCCGAGAGACUUUGGCAAAAGUGUUGUUCAAGCACUAUGAGGUUGGCUCUGUGUUAUUUGCACCAAGUCACCUUGUUGCUCUACUGACUUUGGGAACAAAUUUUGGACUUGUCGUCGAUGUUGGAUUUCAAGAAACUGUGGUUGUACCUGUGUAUGAAGGAAUUCCCAUCAUGAAAGGUUGGCAGUCAAUACCUCUAGCUGGGAAAGCUAUUCAAAGCCGCAUCAAGAGUCAACUUUUGGAACAUGGAACAGUUAGUACCGCUGAGCAGCAGCACCAGGCUGUCUCUGGCUUGAAAGAAACAAUCACAGAUGAAGUUCUUGAAGACAUAAAAGUUCGCUGCUGCUUUAUCACAGAAUAUUCCAGAGGCCAACAGAUCCAAGAGGUCACAAUGCGUGGUGGUCAUGCAAACAAGUUACCUCCUCCUCCACCUGAUACUGAUUAUCCAUUAGAUGAUGGCAGUGUAUUGAAUGUCAGUGGAAGAAUCAGGGAGCACUCUGGAGAAGUUUUGUUUGAGCAAGACAAUGAGGAAACCUCCAUUGCUACCUUGUUGUUGGAUUCUCUGGUUCAGUGCCCACUGGACACCAGGAAGCCUCUGGCCAGCAAUGUCCUGGUCAUGGGAGGGACGGCCAUGAUGCCUGGCUUCUAUCACCGGCUGCAGUUGGAGCUGAGCAACCUGUUGAAGAAGCCAGUAUAUGCCAACCAGUUGGGAGUGAAGCAGUUCAGGUUUCACAAAGCACCUGCUAAAGAAAACUACACAGCCUGGCUGGGAGGUUCACUGAUAGGUGCUGUAGAAACAUUACCCUUGAAGUCACUCUCAAGAGAUGUGUACUUACAAAGAGGAAAACUUCCAGACUGGUGCUGUGUGGAUUCAGAUUUUCUGACUGAUGAAAAGUCCCACAAACCCUAGUUCUUUCUUUAAUUUAUAAAGGGCGUUAUUUGCAAUACUGUAGUCGAUGUAUCGUCUAUACUGCUUCUUGCUGUUGGAGGGUGCUCCGACUGACUGAAUGGGCUUUGACGGAACUACAGUGGACACCUGAUAUAACAGGGAUGGUGGGACUAGAGAAAAAGUCCUGUUAUAUCGAUCCCUGUUAAAUCUGUAAUGCAAGGGAAGUAAGCAUGUGUGGACUAAUCCAGGAGUAUUUAUUCACUGGUAGCUUCUCUUGCCACACGUACCAGGUCUGUGUAUAGCACAUGUGUGCGUGUAGCUAUGCUUAGGGCUAGAUCAAAGUGUGCAGCACAUCGCAGCCCUCUCUCGCUUCCCCCUUCUGCGCGUGCUUGCAGUGGUGUGGCUUGCGUGGGCUUGCUCCAUUACUGCGUUUCUGUCUGUCUGUCUCUCCUCUUACUUUUUACACAUUGUUAACGAGCCUUUGUCCCUGCUAUAACCGAUUGGGCUCAGAUGAGGCACUGUUAUUGCCGAUAACUUUUAAUAGAGACAAAGAGUAGGAAAAAACGGGGAUUUAAAAAUCCCUGAUAUUACCAGACCUCUGCUAUUACCAGGCCUGUUAUAUAUGGUUUCCACUGUAGGUUAUUGUCAACAUAGAUUGUGAUAGCAGCAUGCGAAGUGUGCUGCUUGUUAUCGGGUACUUAUUGGAAGGGGUUUUUUGUUUGUUAAUUUGCCUCUACUUUUGCUUGUAAUUAUUGUCACGCAACACAAUUUUGUCAAUUUUUGCGAAAUGUAGUAUAUAUGAAUGUCUAUUGUGCAGGCACCUUCAGGUUUCUUUCAUUUUUCUGCAUUUAAAUUUAAUUAUAUUUAAUUGAAAUGAGAGCCAGUUGGGGGGGUGGGGGGGGGGAUUUGUUCCAUGUUGAAAAUGUUUUACUAAAUAAAAUUUUAAAUUGUAUAUUAUGUGUUUAGAAAUCAAGCUGCUGUUAUAAAGCUUUAUUCUUGAUGUAAACUUUGCAAAAGCUCAUCAAACAAUGAUUGUCAUCUCAUCAUGGUCAGGAAUGGAUUGCCUUGAAAAAUAUCUUCCAAAGAAUGUCGGUGUUAAGCCACUUUGCCUUCUUUCAAGUCAAAAACAAAAUUCAAACAAUUCAUUUAAGAAAAAAAAAACAGCUGCAGUUGGACACAUAUAAUAUGUACACGGACAACUUGAGAUCGUGGAUAGCUCAUACAAUUUGCCAUUCCCCGACUGAUUUCUCGCUAAUCUGUCUACCCGGAGUAUGGAAUGCAUCAAACAGAUUUUGUUUGAGUUGUACUUGCCAGAUUGUUUUAUUUUUCAAUCACUGUGAAAUUCAAAACAGUGGACACCAUAGUGCAAGUUUAAGGUCCCUUUAGUGAAUGAUGGAUUGGUAUUAGCAACCCAGUUUCACUAGUUUCAGAGGUACAUGUUUAAUGGUUAUCUAAGGGCUUAUUUUUGUUAAAAUACCGGCACAGGCUUGCUCAGCUGUGAGCCAUGAGCACACAUUUCUAUUUCUUCUUUUUCUGUAUUGACACCCUCUUUGUUUCAACUGGAACCGGUAUAUAUAUUUAUAGCUUAAGACCUUGCCUUAAUUAGGCAAUUGCUUUUUCCCCCUUCACACCCAGGUUGUGGCUACUGUGAAAUGCUUAAUUCUCAAUCAAUUGCAAUUCAAUAAACCUGUCGUUCCAAGAAAAA